AUCAACACGGUCGAGCAGCAGAUAUUAUUGAUCUCUCUCUGACUUGAGCGGGCUUCAGAGCUAGAGAGAGAAUAUUAAUGGCGGCUUCGAAGCUCCAAGCGCUGUGGAAUCACCCGGCCGGCCCUAAAACCAUUCACUUUUGGGCACCCACAUUUAAAUGGGGCAUCAGCAUAGCUAAUGUUGCUGACUUCGCCAAACCACCUGAAAAUCUUUCAUAUCCUCAGCAAUUAGCGGUUGCAUGCACUGGAGUUGUCUGGUCACGCUAUAGCACUGUCAUCACUCCGAAGAACUGGAAUCUUUUUAGUGUGAAUGUAGCAAUGGCAGGGACAGGCCUCUACCAACUUUCUCGUAAAAUACGGCAAGAUUUUUUCUCCGAGACAGAAGCAGCUGCUGCUGAAGAAUGAUGACGAAAAUUGUCCCGAGCACAUCUUCUCAUGGGUGCAAAGGCUCAUGUUGCCUACUUCCCUUCCAUUGUAUUGAAUUCGAUUUGGUACACCUGAUUUACGGUUGCCUUCUUGGAGAUAUUUGGAUAGUCAUAUGCGGCCAUUUGUACUUCUCUGUUGAUUGUCAUUUUGCAACUGAAAGUUAGUGGACAGUUGAACACCAAAAGUCCCUAAUUUACCAAUAAUCUCAUUUCUCCAAAACUCUCUCUUCUUUUUGGGAUCCGAACUCCUUUCAUUUGCUCUA